CUAAACAAUAAUAACGCCUCCUCUUGUCGUACAAUACUUACUCGGGAGCCACUUGACCAACCUAGCGCGAUGAAACACACCACACCCACCAACGUAGUAACAUAAUAAGGCAUUCGAUAGGGCUUCAGACACUUGUCUCGCUUAUGCUGUUCGUCUAGCUCAUGCAGAAUGGCCACUGGCGUGCAUGCAUAUCCAGGGUUUUGUCGGAGCACUGCAGAUGAGAACCUACCAGUGGGGUGUAUUCCGGUUCGGUGUGGAUGGAAAUCAGACUGCAAAAAUAAUUCGGGCUCGACGGGCGGUUCGCUUGUUAAUGUAUAGUCAUUUAAUGUAUAUCAUCAGCGGGCCGGCCAGCUCGUUACUUGUUCAAGAGGAUGAUAAUAAUUAUAAAGCUGAGGAUGAGGAUGAGGAUGAGGAUGAAGAUACUCUCCUUAAGGGUAGUAAUGGGUAGGUCAGAUACUUAGGAUAGGCC